AGGUGAAGCGCAGUGUAGCGGUAGGGAAGUGGAGUGGAGCCUGCACGAACUUCGCUCGAGAUAAUACGAACUCAGGUCACCUGAUCAAAGUGCCUGGAUCAUGUGACAACCCAACAGUGUUAUUUCCGUGUUACAUGUACGCCGCGUCCUUGCAACUGAUAGUCUAUUUUCAUUUUCACCUUUUGUUUGUAGUCGAUCGCAAGCAUAUAUGAAUAUUGAAUAAACUUAUCAAUCAUCUCCAAACCACUUAGACUUUGUUUUUUUAUCAAGAACUGCCGGGUUGACUGUUGCUGAUGUGGCGAUAAAACUUCUUGGGAGAAAUCGAGGUCGAACAGCAAGCUAACUAAAUUAAAUAAGUGAGGUCGGAUUGCAAUUGCAUUGGCAUUGCCUUCAUUAGAUUAGGUCAUGUCCGAAUUUGCAUGAGAUGUGAUUUGUGAGACCAGCUCAGCUGAAUUUGAAGGAGGCAUCAAUAACAUCAAUAACUUUGUAACAACUGUUGAGCUGAGAAAGUUGAAAAUACCAGUAGAGAAAAUGGAUUCUCAGUUUUCUCACACAUUGAUAGCAUCGUUUACAUCAUGCAUUUUGUUUGUUUUAGUAUCUCUACAAGGUUCUAACACAGCAUACUUGGGUCAAAAGAAUUCAUUAAAUUUCCUGGUACUCGCUGACUGGGGAGGGCAGCCAAAUUUUCCAUUCUAUACGACCUGCGAAGAGUAUGUUGCCAAACAGAUGGGAGACCUCGCAUCAAAUUAUGCAACCCAGUUUGUCCUUGCUCUUGGAGACAACUUCUACUAUGAUGGAGUUCAGAACGUUACCGAUCCUCGAUUCAAUGAAACAUUUGAAAAUGUCUUCACAGCAGAUUCCCUUCAGGUUCCAUGGUACGUAGUUGCGGGGAACCAUGACUGGCAUGGCAAUGUUACGGCUCAGAUACUUUACUCCAAUAUGUCCAAGAGAUGGAACUUUCCGUCAUUAUAUUACCUGGUGCGCUAUCAGAUCCCUUCGACUCAAGAAAUGGUUUCUUUCAUCAUGAUUGACACUGUCACGCUGUCUGGCACCACAGAUGACUUCAACGUCCUGCAGCAACCAACAAAGCCCAAAGACCUUUUCCUUGUCGAAAAGCAGUUUUCCUGGAUUGAGGAUCAGUUGAAGGCAACUAUGAACGACACCUAUGUCAUUGUUGCAGGGCAUUACCCUGUGUGGUCAAUUGCAGAGCAUGGACCAACAGAGUUGCUUGUUGACCGUCUGCGCCCAUUGCUGAUCAAGUACAAUGUGAACGCCUACUUCAGCGGUCAUGACCACAACCUGCAACAUAUCAGGGAAGACAACUCGUCUGUAGAAUACUUCGUGAUUGGAUCAGCACACGAGGUUGAUCCUUCCGUGGCUCACAAGAAGGAUGUGCCAGCAAACUGGGUGAAGUUCCAUUAUGCUGAUGAGUCUAGCCUUGGAGGGUUUGCGUACAUGGAAGCAACAACAUCUGGAAUGGACUUCACAUUUGCUGACGGAAGAGCUGGUAAAAGCCUUUACCAUGCAACCAUCAAACCUCGAAAGAUGUGAAAUGUUUUCCUAUGAGGAUUGUAUCUUUCAUUGUCAUGCUUUCAAAUUGAGGGUCAGGUUUUAUUUUGAUAGUGUUUUCCUUGUGUCAUCUACUGAUUUUUGAAAAAAAAAAGUGCAAAGUCACUGAGUAAAUAAACAAUAAUUGUUUAAAUAAAUUUUGAUUGGAAGAUAUGUUUUGUUGAAUAUGGUCCAUUUUAUAGCCUUACAUGUAUGCAUAUCGAUUACAAAUGUAUUAUGAGAUGUUUAUUCUAUUUCUUUGCUUCUUGAGUGUUUAUGUACAUCCAUGUACUGACUUUCAGAAAAGAGAUGUAACAAUUGUGUGUUUUCAUGUUUUUAUUUUCAAUAACAUUUAAAAGGAUACUAUGUUGCCAAAACCUUCAGUUCCCGUCCAUCACAUAGUCUAGUGCUGGCAGCCUGAUGUGGAAAACUUGAUGUGUUCUAAAUAUCUAAGAUGAAGUGAUGUUCAUUUACCUGACAGUUUUACCCUUUACCAUCCCCUCCCAGUGAUUUGUCUUUGGACUCUAGGAAUCUCCAAAAUAAUGGAGGGAUCAGCUGGGGAGGGGGGGGGGGAGAUAUAAUGAAGAGAAUGUGCACAUACAUGUAUGUAUGUUGACCAGGUCUUGGUUUAUCCGGGCAAGGCUGGUCAAAUUGUCAGACUACAUACUCUACAUUAUUUCAACUACAUGUGAUGAUUGGAUCUAGAUUAUAGAUUUUUAAUUUCAUUAAAAAAAUUGAAGUUGUUCUAUGCCAGCCUACUUGUACUAGUUAACAAUAUACCUGUAUAUGUAAAAAAAAAACAAUCAAACUGUUUACCAAUGAUAGUGCAGUAACAUUGUACUUAGUUGUUUUGUACAACAUUAACUAAGUAAAAAUGUUAACUUUUUUAUAAGGAAAUGGUUUUCAUAAAUACAUUCCAUUCAUUGCUUAUUCAUGAUGAGAUUAAUGUGUUCAUAUCAUGUUAUGAAUGACAUUCAUAAGAUCAUAGGCAAGGUUAUGUGUUCAUUUAUCUCUCAUUUUUACUUAAAUUAUGUUCAAUAAAAUUAUACUCCUAUCUUUGUCAGUUCUAGUGAACUUAUGCAAAUCUGAUAUACAAGUUAGGAUCUUUCCAGUUUUAUAAUUUUUUUAUAUAAAAUGGAUUUGAUUUCAUGUGAAUAAUCAUGCACAUCUACGGUACAUAAAUUUACAGAGAGUAACACAAAUGAUCAUAAUAUUAUUGUUGAUACUACAGGAUCUCAUAACAUAAUCAUAAUUUGGAUUAAUGAAAUAUAAAUUGCAAAUGUAAAUCUUAGAUCAUCCUGUACUUGCACGUUAAGAUACUUUAACUUCAAGUAUGAGAGAGUUAAAACAAGUUUAAAUGCUUUGUGGUUGCUAAUGCUAUUAAACCAAAUUUUCAAAGGAAUUUUAUUUCUAGAAAGUUUAUAGUUUGCCAUGUAAUUGAUGUGACGCCUCAACCAUAAAAAUAGCAAGGAAUAACAAAUUUGUUUGUUUGUUUCAUUAAAGGUCAAGUCCAUCCCAAAAAAAUGUUGAUUUGAAUAAAUAGAGAAAAUCAAACAAGCAUAAUGCUGAAAUUUUCAUCAAAUUCGGACGUAAAAUAAGAAAGUUACAUGGCAUUUUUAUGUUUCGCUUAUUUUGCACAAAACAGUGGUAUGUACAACUCAGUGACAUGCAAAUGAGAGAGACGAUGAUGUCCCUCACUAUUUCUUUUUUAUUGUUUGAAUUAUACAAUAUCUCAUUUUUUUUUACAGAUUUGACGAUAAUGACCAACUUGACUGAAUCAUAUAGUAUUAAACAAUGCUACAUCCACAUGUUCAGGGAGGAAUUUAAUUCAAUUGUUGUUUCACUGGACAAUGAGGAGAAAAUUAGAAUAUUUCAUAUUUCAUAUAAUAAAAUACAAAAGAAAUAGUGAGUGGAUGACAUCAUCAGUCUCCUCAUUUGCAUGCCGACCAGGAUGUGCAUAUAACUGUUUUGUGAAAUUAAGCGGAAACUUUCAAAUAUCAUAACUUCUUAUUUUGCAUCCAAUUUUGAUGAAAUUUUCAGUGUUAUGCUUUUUAGAUUUUUCUCUUUUUAUUCAAAUCAAGUGUAUGUUGGGGUGGACUUAUCCUUUAAAGUUGGAGGUUGUACAUGCAGGCUUUUAAAAAGGUGUCAUUCUUAUUUAAUUUUAAAAUGUUAAUUUCCAGUGUUAUUUCUCUCAGACACAAUAACUAAUUGGUUUUUUUUAUUGUGUAACCAUGUUGUUCUAUUGUUUCUUAAACAAUUCUAGUGACAAUGGUUGACUUUGACAUGAUUUCCGAUUACAUUCAAUAUAACCUUUACCUGACUUCAUUUAAGUUUAGCUUUUCACUUUUUAAGAAAUUGGAAGAUCACCCUCUUAAGUUACUUUUCUGAUAUCAUCAAAAUAAAGAAGCAUCUUAGUUCCGUUUAAAGAUUGAUUUAUGUCAAAACAUUGUAUUUGUCUAAAUAAUGUUCUGUUUGUAUUCUAAACAAAAUUUGAAUUUGCUUAAUUAUAUCUUGCUAUUUCAUAUUUUUUUUGUAUAAUGUAAGUCAACUGUUAUUUCACUGCAGAAGGAUUUUCUUAUUUUCCUACAUUCGCUGAAAGAAUUACCCACGUAACUAAAUUUGUUUAUCAGAGCUAUCUACAUGUACAAAUUACUGAAAUUUGAAGCUUCUUUCAUUUAGUUUGUAUUUUUUGGUUUCACUUUCUGAAAUAUUAUUUACUUUAUUUUAAACAUUCAUUUUCCUAGUAUGCAAUAUGAACGUCUAAAACCAUGCAUACUCCCAAGUUUGAACAUGAUAAUAAAAAAAAAUAUUUUUGUUUAUAUGACACCUAAAAAUAGAUUUAAGUACCACUUAGAGACAUGUUUUGUGAUAACCACUAUACAAAUAAUGUUAAUUAUUUGUGAUAAUGUUAAUUUAUGAUAAAGUUCAUUGUUAUAGUGUUCAUUGUGAUAAUGAUAAUUGUGAUAACCACUAUACAAAUAAUAUUAAUUAUCAUCCUUGUCAUUUGAAAUUUAUGAAUAUGCUCAAAUAGCUUUGUUAUUAUUGAUAAGAUUCCUGUUAAAAACUCUAUGCAGUCUAUGUGUUAUAUAUUCUAUGCAAAAAGAAUAAUAUUUUGAAAUUAUUAUAUGUAUGAUCCUUGCAAAUUAUGACAUUUUCAUGAUUGCAGACAAACUGAGUACUUUCUUUGUACUAUGUUAAGAGUCUUAUGAUUCCUAUAAUAAAAUCAUAUCAUCACCAUAGUACGUAAUGAUCAUA